CUUCAGGGAAAAUAAAGUGGAAAAACAUCAACUUUAUUUUAAAGUUCUUGUGAGCAAGAAAAAAAAACGAAAAAAAAAAGAGAGCUUUUUCUUCCGAUUUUUCUUCUCGCGCAAGCACAGCACAAGAGUAACAACAACCAUGGUUCUCGAGGCGACUAUGAUAUGCAUCGACAACUCAGAAUGGAUGCGAAACGGCGAUUACUCUCCUUCUCGCUUUCAAGCUCAAGCUGAUGCUGUUAAUCUCUUAUGCGGCGCUAAAACCCAAUCGAAUCCAGAGAAUACAGUCGGGAUAUUAACAAUGGCCGGCAAACAAGUUCGGGUUUUGACUACUCUGACUAGUGAUCUGGGCAAGAUUUUGUCUUGUAUGCACGGUCUUGAAGUGGGUGGUGAGAUGAAUCUAUCAGCAGGAAUUCAGGUUGCACAACUAGCUCUUAAGCAUCGUCAAAACAAAAAUCAGCAGCAAAGAAUAAUAGUUUUUGCCGGAAGUCCUAUCAAAUAUGACAAGAAAAUGUUGGAGACCAUAGGGAAGAAAUUAAAGAAGAACAAUGUAUCUCUAGAUAUUGUUGAUUUUGGUGAAGAAGAGGAUGGGAAACCGGAGAAGUUGGAGGCUCUCUUCGCUGCUGUCAAUAGCAAUGACAGUAGCCAUAUAGUUCACAUUCCUCCUGGUGGAACUGCUAUUUCUGAUGCUCUGAUGAACACACCUGUAUUCACUGGAGAUGGGGAAGGAGGAAGUGGUUUUGCUGCAGCAGCUGCAGCGGCUGCAGCUGGUGGUGGUGACUUUGAUUUUGGCGUAGAUCCUAAUUUAGACCCAGAGCUGGCUCUUGCCCUUAGAGUUUCUAUGGAAGAGGAGAGAGCUAGGCAAGAAGCUGCUGCAAAAAGGGCUGCUGAUGAAGCUGCUAGACAAGAAAAGGGAGAAGAACCAUCAUCCAAAUCACAGGAUACAACAAUGGUCGACAAGGCUGCUGAAGCAACUAACAGUGCUGCUGAUCCAAUGGAUGAAGUGAAUGCAUUGCUUCAGCAGGCUAUUGCACUGUCAAUGGAAAACCCUGUAUCCGAUCCCUCUGUCCGUGAUUCUGAAAUGGCAGAGGCAACUAAUGACGAUCAAGAUUUGGCUAUGGCUCUUCAGAUGUCCAUUCAGGAAACCGCAAAAGAUUCAUCAAGUCAGUCAGACAUGAGCAAGGCACUGGAGGAUCAGUCUUUUGUGUCAUCUGUCCUUGCAUCACUUCCAGGAGUUGAUCCUAACGAUCCCUCAGUGAAGGAGCUGCUAGCAUCUUUCCAAGGCCAAUCUGAGUCUGGACAAAAGAAGGAGGAAGAUAAGCCACCAAGUGAUGACAAGUGAAACGCGCUAGACAAGUCUUCAUGAAAGAAAGCUUCUGUGCUGGUGACACAAACCACAUUGCACUGAUGAGAAUGAAUGAAAAGCAGACUUGAUAGAAAUACAUGUUGAAUUUACUACUCGUUUUCCAAUUCUAAUGAUUGUCACUUGAAUAGGCUGAAUAUUGGAGUAGGAUGUUAGAAUUGCUGUCAUUAUGCUUUUUAACGUUAUGCAAUAGAAUUGGUAUCUUGUACUGUGGCGCACUUUAUGGUUGCUGAUUGGGAAGGAAACAAGGGCUCAAUGUCAAAAUUGAAACUGCUUUAUUUCA